CUUUACUCGGCUCUCAAAUCGCGAACCACAAGCAAUUGUUUGUAAUAUUUAAUACGGAUACAAUUUAUCGUAAAAUUUUACAAUUAUCAAGCAUUAUCAGGCUGAUUCGAUUAUAAUUUCCUACUCAAUUAUGAAUGUUAGUGUACAAUGUAUAUUCACGGGCGUAUAUUUUCAGCGCAGUGCAAGAUCGCGGGUGUCAAGUGUAGUGUUAUUUGUUUGUUUUUCAUGUGUUUGUUAGUAAGAUGUGAUCAAUUGGAACAUGAGUUAAGGCACAGCAUGCACGAUGCUCGACAUCAUGAUAUGCCUAUAUUUCAUGAAAUGACGUCAGAGCCAUCGGAUCUGUACCCGGUAGUACACGCAGAGUUGCCCCGGGGCUUGGCUGUAUAUCCUCUGCCCUUGAAGAAUUCAGACCACGAAGUCAUGUUAAAUGUAACAUGGCAGCGGCCAACUGGUCCGCCAGUAAGAAGUUAUUCCCUAGAAGUUCACAGUACAAAGGACACAAUAGACUGUCGCUCAAAUUUGUGUUACGAGUACAAUAUACCUGGAGAAGCUGUAUGGAGUCAUGUACCUUCAGUAGUGAGUCCCAUAGCGGGAGGGUGCGCAGUACGACCCGGGUGCUCCUAUAGAGUGAGGCUGAUAGCCCAUCCCUGGGAUGGACACACAGCUGCAAAUACCAAUGUGCAGUUAGAUGAGUGUGUGUUGGGUGUAUGCUCCUGCGCACACGCACCUCGACUGCCCGUACCACAAGUGAUUGCAGAUAUGUUCUCAUUCAUGGGAGAGCUGAUGGUCAACGUGUCUUGGACUUUACCAGCUCCCAAUGAACCGCUUAGACUCCCGCCCAGGCUGAGGAAACAGGCCUAUAUUAUAAGCUUAGGUAAACAAAUGGUGUCCGACGCGCACCCAGCUCCCUGGUUCGCAAACACCAUAACCAGGCGCGAAGAAGCAAAAGGCUUCGUUGCCGUGCCUGAAGGGGUGCGAUGGCUUAUCCUUCCUAUUAAUGAGAAGAACAUCGAUCGAGCUGUUAAGCCGAAAAGGACGCUAGUACUCGAUGUAAAGCUCUUGGCGCGAGUGAGUCUAAUUGAUGAACGAGGUUGUAUAGGACCCGCUGGAAAUGUUACAGCUUAUGAUCCAUCAAAAGCUAAAGGUUCGCCGUUUGGUUCAUAUAUGCUGUGGGCCCUCUAUGGCGGUAUUUGCGUGCUAGCUGCAGGCGUCAUACUGGCGUUCAGCGCACGAGCAGUCAAGCGGAUAACUGCUAUAAUUCUAAGGGAAAUCCGCCCCGCAGCCGCUCCCUCACCGCUGCAAACUAUGUCAAACCGACCGAUUUGGUUCAUGAGGCAAAACGAGGGAAACGUCACAAGGGGUCAGAUGGAGGAAAGUCCACUUUACGUUCAUAAGGAAUUUGAGCCGGGGGAUGACAGCGAUGAAUGGGAGGUCAGCAGAUCACGAGUGCAUCUGGGGGCUCUAAUAGGAAGUGGAGCUUUCGGCAGGGUCCAUGUUGCCCACCUGGAUAUGCCUGGAGGGGAGACCAUCACUGUCGCUGCAAAAAUGCUAACAGAUAACGCAACCGGCGAAGAGAUGCAAGACUUCCUCCGUGAAAUAGCCAUGCUGAAACACGUUGGUGAACACAAACACGUGAUUCGUCUGGUAGCGUGUUGUACCCGACGAGCACCCUUAAUAGCAUUACUGGAACACGCUCCCAGGGGAGAUCUCUUGACACUGCUUCGAUCAGCUAGGGGCAGACGGAAUAUAGACCUGCAGAAGAAUAGCAUUAAGUCAAAUUGCAAUGUAAACGGCAGACCGUCUGAGGCAGAUACUGAAUACACAAAUUUAAGCGACUCAGAUCCGCCAUUAGAAGAGAAUGGUGACACAAAACUAUACAUAGAUUCCGACCAAGAAGUAAUGAGCAAACAUCAUUAUGUAGCAGAGCCUGCGCUACACCUCGACAGUAGUAUCAUGAGAGACUAUGCAUUACAAGUAGCAUUGGGCAUGCAGCAUUUGGAAGCUCGUGGUAUUACGCAUCGAGACCUUGCAGCGCGGAACAUCCUAAUGGAUGGAGCUGGGGUGCUAAAAGUCGCGGACUUUGGACUCUCCAGGUCUGGCAUCUAUGUCCACACUCGCUCCAGACCAGUUCCUCUCCGGUGGCUGGCUCCAGAAGCUAUAUUCACCUCGCAGUAUAGCAGUGCCACUGAUGUUUGGGCAUUUGCAGUAUUGCUAUGGGAAAUUGCUACUUUUGGUGGAUUCCCAUACUCUGAACUGAGCAAUCAAGAGCUGCCCACAUACCUAACCACGGGCGGUCGUCUUCCAAAGCCAGCCAGAGCAUCCCAAAGACUGUACCAACUCAUGACCGAAUGCUGGUCCGACGACCCAAACAUACGACCAACGUUCACACAAAUAGUAGAUAGACUAACCGUACAGAAUCAACUGUACGUAGACCUCGACUGCGUUUUCCCACCCGUGGAAGAAAACUUUGCUGAACUCAGCGAAAUAGAUUUCCCAUUGGGCAGUGCUACCGUUUUCGACCGGUGAUUUUAAGACUGAAUAAUUUAAUUGUUGUUAUUUAUUCUAUAGUUUUCUAGUAAAUUUAUGUCGCUA